GAUGGAGUGCAAAUCUGGCUUUGCAAUUAAAAUAAUACAGAAAUUUCUCGGAACCUGCGAUUUUAUCCCUAUAAAACCACGAUCCAAACGCUUUGCAAACCUUCUUUGGCCCAUCUUUUGGCUCGCCCACCUACCGUCGUUUCUUCCCCAGAUUUUUUGAGCUGGCUUCUUGUUGUUCUGAUCAGAAAAUUAUCUGAAUUUGCUCUGCUUCUUCGAUUACGUAUAGGGUUUAUCUGAGGUUUGAACCGGAAUCAAUUGGUUAGAUGAGUCCUACUUAUUCAUGACGUAUGCUAUAUUGAUGCACCGGAUCCGAAUUCUCCACUCUUUUUCCGUUGUUUUUCUCUACUGGUUUCACGAGCUUUCAUGAAUUGCCCCUUCGUGUUCUGAUUACUUAUUCAAUUCCUUUAAUUAUUUAUUGUAACCGAAUCAAUUUUGAAACCUAAAACCACCAACCACCGAUUGUACAAAUUUCCCCUGAGAUUUCGAUGGCAUCACCGCAACCUGCCAAUACGGGGUCUGAUGGAGAUCUCCGGUAUGCAAACCUUGAUGACAGAAAAAGAAAGAGGAUGAUAUCAAACAGGGAAUCUGCUCGCAGAUCUCGUGCAAAGAAGCAACAACGCUUGGAUGAAUUGCUUGGUGAAAUCAACCAAUUGCAGAAUGAUAACAACAAAAUAAUGCGGAAGAUUGAUGGAGCAACACAGGUGUUUGUUGGUGUUGCAUCUCAGAAUAACGUUCUGAGAGCCCAGCUUAGUGAACUGACAGACAGAUUGCACUCCUUGAACUCAGUUCUGCAUAUUGCUCAAGAGGUUAGUGGUCUGGCUAUGGAGAUCCCUGAGAUUCCUGAUACCUUGCUGGAACCAUGGAAGCUUCCUUGCCCAAUUCAGCCAAUAACAGCAUCAUUCAACAUCAACAUGUUCUAGCAUCGAUAUCUUCCAUCUGUCUUGUGGUACUCCUACUCCUUCCUUUCGUCCGAGUUUGUUUUUAUGUCCUUUCGUGGUGCUUAUCUCGUUAGUUUAAGUAAGUAUGUUUGUUAUUUAGACAGGUUUAUUGUUAUUGGAUGUAUGCUUGUUUACAUUUGGGACUAUUACUACUUUACUUUUUCUCGCUGUUAUUAUUGUAGUGCUGUGUAAUAUCUGGUGACAUAGAACCCCUUAGAUAUGGGUUGGAAUUGAAUCUCUCUUUGUGA